AACGAUUUAAAAUUUGGCUGUCCUGAGUUUAGUGUCCUUUAAAAUCAAUUCUUUUCUGACUGAAUAAAGUUAACUGCUUAGAAACUGAACUAAAUAUUUGCAGUCAGUUCUUUUCAUUUUCCUGCAGCGGCAGUGAAGCAGCCAGCAUCACAUGCAGCUGAUUAUCCCUGUAAUUCUCCAGCACUAAAACAACGCUGUCCUUUUUACGCAAAUGACUCGAGCGUGAUCCCGCAGCCCAUGUGGCCGGCCAGGACAUCUCUGGAUGUCUUUUAGACUUUCUUUUGUUUUUUUGAAUGGUCGCUGAAAAGAAGGCAACAAAACUGCCACUGCCUUCUGUAUUUUACACUGUGUAUUUACCUCAUUGAAGAGCGUUUUCACACUGCCGCAAAUGGACAUCGGAGGGAUGAAAAGAGGAAUUGUGAUAAAAGAUGAGUGGCCGGGGUACAGUCUGGAUCUGUUCACUUACCCCGAACACUACCAUGAAGACAUAGAGAGUGUCUACAUACCACAUGGUGUAAUUAUGAACAGGGUGGAGCGUCUGGCCAGCUACGUCAUGGAUGAUUUCAGGGACAGCAACAUCAUUGUGCUGUGCGUCUUGAAGGGAGGCUACAAGUUCUGCUCAGACCUGGUGGAGUUCAUCAAGGUGCUCGGCCGCAACACAAACAAGUACCUGGAGACGAGGGUGGAGUUCAUCCGUCUGAAGAGCUACCUGAAUGACCAGUCAACAGAGGAGCUGCACAUCAUAGGAAGCAGAGAUCUGUCUUUUCUGCGUGGAAAGAGUGUGCUCAUUGUCGAGGCCAUCGUUGACACAGGAAAGACCAUGAAGGCUCUUCUGAAGCAUGUGGAGACCUUUGAACCCAAGAUGGUCAAGGUCGCAGGUCUGCUGGUGAAGAGGGUCCCUAAUAUGGCUGAAAGUCUGACAGACUAUGUUGGAUUUGAAAUCCCCAACCGCUUCGUGGUUGGUUAUGCGUUGGACUACAAUGAAUACUUCCGUGACCUGAAUCACAUCUGUGUCAUCAGCAGGACUGGGAAGAUAAAGUACAAGGUUUGAGACGUAAUGCACAGUUUUACAUCAGCGGCGGAAAAC